GCCCGGGCGCGCUCGAGUGGAGUUGUAUAAAGCGAGCGCGCGGCGUCGGGGCGGGAGGCUCGAGGCCAGCCCGGGACCGGGGCUGGGAGCUAGCAGGCGGCGGCGCCGGCGGCAGAGGCGGCAGCGAGCGCCCGCUUCCCACGCCCCCAGGCGGCGGGGCCGAGAGCGGGAGGAUGGCUCCAAGCGCUGACCCCGGCAUGUCCAGGAUGUUCCUGCUGCUGCUCUGGUUUCUGCCUAUCACUGAGGGGUCCCAGCGGGCUGAACCCAUGUUCACUGCAGUCACCAACUCAGUUCUGCCCCCUGACUAUGACAGUAAUCCCACCCAGCUCAACUAUGGUGUGGCAGUUACUGAUGUGGACCAUGAUGGGGACUUUGAGAUCGUCGUGGCGGGGUACAAUGGCCCCAACCUGGUUCUGAAGUACGACCGGGCCCAGAAGCGGCUGGUGAACAUCGCGGUCGACGAACGCAGCUCACCCUACUAUGCGCUGCGGGACCGGCAGGGGAACGCCAUCGGGGUCACAGCCUGCGACAUCGACGGGGACGGCCGGGAGGAGAUCUACUUUCUCAACACCAAUAACGCCUUCUCGGGGGUGGCCACAUACACCGACAAGUUGUUCAAGUUCCGCAAUAACCGGUGGGAAGACAUUCUGAGUGAUGAGGUCAACGUGGCCCGUGGGGUGGCCAGCCUCUUUGCCGGACGUUCUGUGGCCUGUGUGGACAGAAAGGGCUCUGGACGCUACUCUAUCUACAUUGCCAAUUACGCCUACGGUAAUGUGGGCCCUGAUGCCCUCAUUGAAAUGGACCCUGAGGCCAGUGACCUCUCCCGGGGCAUUCUGGCGCUCAGAGAUGUGGCUGCUGAGGCUGGGGUCAGCAAAUAUACAGGGGGCCGAGGUGUCAGCGUGGGCCCCAUCCUCAGCAGCAGUGCCUCAGAUAUCUUCUGCGACAACGAGAAUGGGCCUAAUUUCCUUUUCCACAACCGGGGCGAUGGCACCUUUGUGGACGCUGCAGGCCAUUCCUGCCUCUCCUCCCCAGGUGUGGACGACCCCCACCAGCACGGGCGAGGCGUCGCCCUGGCUGACUUCAACCGUGAUGGCAAGGUGGACAUCGUCUAUGGCAACUGGAAUGGCCCCCACCGCCUCUAUCUGCAGAUGAGUGCCCAUGGGAAGGUCCGCUUUCGGGACAUCGCCUCGCCCAAGUUCUCCAUGCCCUCCCCUGUCCGCACAGUCAUCACUGCUGACUUUGACAAUGACCAGGAGCUGGAGAUCUUCUUCAACAACAUCGCCUACCGCAGCUCCGCAGCCAACCGCCUCUUCCGCGUCAUCCGUAGGGAGCACGGAGACCCCCUCAUCGAGGAGCUCAAUCCUGGGGACGCCUUGGAGCCUGAGGGCCGGGGCACAGGGGGUGUGGUGACCGACUUCGACGGAGACGGGAUGCUGGACCUCAUCUUGUCCCAUGGAGAGUCCAUGGCUCAGCCGCUGUCCGUCUUCCGGGGCAAUCAGGGCUUCAACAACAACUGGCUGCGAGUGGUGCCACGCACCCGGUUUGGGGCCUUUGCCAGGGGGGCUAAGGUCGUGCUCUACACCAAGAAGAGCGGGGCCCACCUGAGGAUCAUCGACGGGGGUUCAGGCUACCUGUGCGAGAUGGAGCCUGUGGCACACUUUGGCCUGGGGAAGGAUGAAGCCAGCAGUGUGGAGGUGACAUGGCCAGAUGGCAAGAUGGUGAGCCGGAACGUGGCCAGCGGGGAGAUGAACUCGGUGCUGGAGAUCCCCUACCCCCGGGAUGAGGACACACUUCAGAACCCAGCCCCACUGGAGUGCGGCCAAGGAUUCUCCCAGCAGGAAAAUGGCCAUUGCAUGGACACCAAUGAAUGCAUCCAGUUCCCAUUCGUGUGCCCUCGAGACAAGCCCGUAUGUGUCAACACCUAUGGAAGCUACAGGUGCCGGACCAACAAGAGGUGCAGUCGGGGCUACGAGCCCAACGAGGAUGGCACAGCCUGUGUGGGGACUCUCGGCCAGUCACCGGGCCCCCGCCCCACCACCCCCACCGCUGCUGCUGCCACUGCCACUGCUGCUGCCACUGCUGGAGCUGCCACUGCUGCACCGGUCCUCGUAGAUGGAGAUUUCAAUCUGGGGUCGACGGUUAAGGAGAACUGCGAGCCCAGCUGCUGAGCAGGGGUCGGACAUGAACCAGUGGAUGGAGUCCAGCAGAGGAGUGGGAAAGUGGGCUUGUGCUGCUGCCUAGACAGUAGGGAUGUAGAGGCCUGGGAGCUAGACCCUCCCCAAGCCCAUCCAUGCACAUUACUUAGCUAACAAUUAGGGAGACUUGUAAGGCCAGGCCCUGUGCUGGGCACACAGCCGUGAUCACAGCAGACAGGGUGGCUGCCCUGAUGGAGCUUACAUUCCAGUGGGUCUAAUGACCAUAUCUUAGGACACAGAUGUGCCCAGGAAGGUGGUGGUACUGCACAGGAAGUAUGAGAACUUUAGUGUCCUGAGUUUAAGUCCUGACUCAGGCACUCACAAAGCUAUGUGACCUUACACCAGUCACUUAACUUGUUAGUCAUCCAUUAUCGCAUCUGCAAAAUGGGGAUUAAGAAUAGAAUCUAGGGGUUAGUGUGGAGAUUAGAUGAAAUGUAUAUAAGGCACUUAGCACAAAACCUGGCACAUAGCAAAGGCUCAAUAAAAACAAGUGCCUCUCACUGGGCUUUGUCAACACGUGA